GCAAUAAAGAGGGCUCAAGCCACUGAAUAAACAGUCGCUCCUGGAGUCACAUUGUUAUCCAUCCCAUCUAUUUUUCCAGGACAAGUAGAUGUGAGCAGUGUGCACAUAUUGACAGAUGACAAUAUUUGGAACAGAAACCUUGUGAGACAAGCGGAUUGGUUCUUGUGGGUGGAUAUCAGUUUGUUGGCUGGAGAAACAAGAGUUGUCAUGGAAACUAUUUUGCUCUUCCUCUCUUCACUCCUGGUGUGUGUUGCUGCUGUAGCAGACCCCAGUGCACAAGAUGGCGAGAAGAAAGUUGAAAACCCGUUUGUUUAUGACUAUGAGAGCCUGAGAAUUGGGGGACUGGCAUUUGCUGUGGUGCUGUUCAUACUGGGCAUUCUUCUCAUCCUCAGUCGGCGAUGCCACUGCAGAAUCAAGCAGAAGCCCAGAGCCCCUGGAGAUGAGGAGGCACAGGAGGAGAACCUGAUUGUCUCCAGAGCUGCAGCAGCUGCCAAAGAGGCUCCAGCAGAGAACUGAGGCACUUCCUCCGGCCCGCACUGCCUUCUGAUGAUCACUUUUAUUUGAUAUUAAGCCACUCUCAUAGUGAAGAAAUCGACGGUUAUUACAACUGGUUAUAUGAUGGGGUAAGAGGGGAGGUGUACAUUUAGAGGUGUAAUAUGUACAUACAGUAAAUCUUGUUCCCUAAAGACAAACCUUUAGCCUGUUGUGCUCCAUUGUGACUGUGCCAGUCCCUCAGUGCUCUUGUCUGUUCCUGUGGCUUUCUGUGACAGCCUCUCACUCCAGUUCUUUGUCUUAGUCAGUGGCUCCUUCAACACAACAUUGUCUUCAAAGCCCUAGAAGAAGUUUUGAUGUUGUGUGGUCUGCUGUUCUUCAUUUUCUGUCAAUUGCCCUAAGGUUUAAGGAUUGUCAGUUGUCACAUUUGUAUUAUAACAUGUAUUCUAAUAUACAAUGCACUAUACAUGUAUAAUUAUAUAUACAGUAUACUAGUACAGAUAGUUUACAGAUAAGAUAUACAGUUAAAUAUUCUUCAUUUAGGUCUAUGCUUGAAAGGUUGGGUGUGUUUGUGUACACAUAGACAUAUGCAUGCACAUCCUGUUUAUGUAUGACUAUGUAUAACAUGAGUACAUGUGUAUCUCCACAUGAUGAGCCUUAUAUAAGACAAUCUAGCUACAGCUCUCUGAGCACAGGAAUAGUUUGCAGGUAUUUACUUGAGCUCCUCCACUGCCGUGUUAUACCAACUUUGGUGGAGGGAGCUCCUGGAUCAGCUGUCUCACUGCCUUCUUCUCCACACAUCCGCUCCAGGGCCCCGUCACUGGCUGCGCCAGGAUGAACUAGUCUUCAGCAAACUAUGAUUAGUUUUCCCGUACUAUUUCAACAAACCUGUGAAGACUUGGUCUCUUUUUUCUUUUUCUUGCUUGUUUAUUUAAUGUCUUAGUUUAUCUCAAAUUUCUGAAAAAAAGAGGCAACGUUUCGAUACUGAGUUUGAGAGAAGUGAGACUUCAUAUUAUUUAUGUACCAGAAUAUAUUAAUAGUAGCCUAUGUAAGCAAAAUCAUAGUGAAAGAACAAAUGAACAGUCCUUGUGAAUCACCUUUCAGGUUAGGCUUUCACUGGUAUUAAGUCUGAGUAUACCUAUGUUCAUUUGAUGCAUAGAGUGUUUUGUGUAGCCAUCUGUUGUGCCACUGGCAUAAAUAAAGUAUGUCUGAACACAAAUAA